AUGAAGCGAAAGGGCGCAGAGCAGUUGAAGCGCUACAUGGCUGACGAGGAUUGGCUCCCGUAUCUCAAUCGGACCCAGAGUCAGACACGCCUUUACAAGCACCUUAGCUGCAACGGUCGUACUCAACCCAUCCUUCACUUUUCUGGAUGGCUGAUUGCCAUCACCAUCUUCACCAACAUUCCUAACAAGAUUACGGCUCCCCUUGAAUACGACUACUUUCCUUCUCGCGAACUGAGCGAGAAGAAACAAGCCAAGAAGAUACAAGGGCUAGUCGGCGCCGAUUUCGAAGACAAAUUCGCAAAGGCGCAAAGUGAGAAGAAAGCUGCCGCAGCGCAAGAAUGGCUUGCCCUUGAUGCCCAGCGCCAAACAUCUCACGGCCAGGCUACGUCUCCCAAAGCGUCCAUUACCAUGUCUUCCCGCGCGCCUGAUUCAUCCUCUUGUGCCCCUCUGGCGUCCUCCUCUCGUGCACGUGCGAAGACGCGGGCCCGACUUCUUGCGAAUAUCGAAGACACCUCAUCCGUCUAUGAAAACGUCACCUUCGAGCCCACCACGGAGGAGCUCGACCAGCUGACUGGUCCAAGUCAUCGCACCGGUGGACAUAGCGGUCUCUCGGAUUCAGACAUUGAGACAGGUGAUCUGUCCAUCAUCGAAGCUCAGAUCAACGACCUAAAGAAGGAUGGCAAGGCUAAGGAUAGCCGCAUGGACAAGUUCCAAGCGCAACUUACCAAGAUCGACGUUCGCAGUCUGAGAAGUGAAAAGCGAACUCAGGAAAUUCUGAAGCUACCUGGGCCAAAGCCCAGCCAAACUCGUCGCAAGCCUACCAAAUGA